AUAAUUUCUCCGAUAAUUCAUGGUAAACGAGAAUUAUUUUAGCGUUUUUUUGUUCUAUAAAGGGAUUACCAGUGCUUCAUAAUAAUUGAAUUGGUAUUAUAGAUAAAUAUAUUUCAUCUCACGUCGUCCGAACCGUCGUGGGACACGUAAAUCAACAGAUAUACGUUUUGAAAGUUUAACAUCGCGUACAUAUUAUUUCAAGUCGAACUUAUUAUCGAAUUCUUGGCGAAAAUGACUGAAAGUUCACCUGACGAACCUAGUUCCAAACGAAAUGAUUUUAUUUGCGGUGUUGUUGAAGGCUUUUACGGUCGACCGUGGACAACUGAACAGCGAAAGGAUUUAUUCCAAAAAUUGAAAAAAUGGGGCAUGGAUAUGUAUGUGUAUGCUCCGAAGGACGAUUACAAGCAUCGGGCAUACUGGCGAGAGUUGUAUACGGUGGAGGAGGCGGAGCAUCUCACGUCUCUUAUUUCGGCCGCAAAGGAUCAGGGAAUCAUCUUCUGUUAUGCAUUGUCUCCGGGACUUGAUAUCACAUACAGCAGUCAGAAGGAGAUAACGACCCUGAAACGGAAGUUGGAACAGGUGUCUCAAUUUGGCUGCACAUGUUUCGCCCUACUGUUUGAUGACAUCGAGCCCGAGAUGAGUGAAGCGGACAAACAGAUAUUCCAGAGUUUUGCUCAUGCACAAGUGUCUGUGACCAACGAGAUCCACCAGCACCUCGGCUGCCCCCGGUUCCUGAUCUGCCCGACGCAGUACUGCUCCACCCGGGCGGUGCCAACCGUCACCAGCUCCGAGUACCUCAACACGCUGGGCACCAAGCUGUCGCAGCAGAUCGACAUCAUGUGGACAGGUCCCAAGGUAAUAUCGAAGACACUGACAUCGGAAUGCAUAGAGGAGAUAACACAAGUAUUGCGCAGGCCUCCGGUCAUCUGGGACAACCUUCACGCCAACGAUUACGACCAGAAGAGGAUAUUCCUAGGUCCAUACUGCGGCCGUUCCCCGGAACUGAUCCCGCUACUCCGCGGCGUCCUGACCAAUCCUAACUGCGAGUACAAUGCGAACAUGAUCCCGAUAUGGACACUAGCCCAUUGGGCCAGCUGUAGUCUUGACGCGCCUACUCAUAUUGAAGCUGUAUCGUGGGAUAUCAAGCUGGAACGAGAGAGCGAACAAGGAGUGGUGGACGAUGAAGCACCGGUCCCGCUCGGAAAACAUGUCUAUCAUCAUAGACAAGCACUCAGACAAGCAAUCAUCGAAUGGCUUCCAGAAUUUUCGAUACCGAAAGCAGCUCAAGGACCUGUUACUAAACCACAGACUACCAUUACAGUACCACCCGUGCCGAUAAUACCGAUCAUGCCGUCGGUCAAUACUUGCAUGUCUCUCAUGACUGCGACCAGCAACACUUCCACAACGAGCACCGCCGAGCCCCGCGCCAUAUCGGCCAUACCUUGUGUGAAUACCUCACAGUUACAAGCUUUUGCCGAUGUCUGCUCGUGUUCCGCCACUCCCGAUAGACCUAUAUUGUCUACAACUGUUACUGUAUCACCAAUAGAAAACUUCAACCCAGUUCCGAAUCCAGUGAUGAAUUCACUAGUUUCACCGACUAAAGUCAUUCUCAACGAAUCCAUUCCCAACCCCAUCAUACCAAUGGCCAGCUCCAACAUUUCCUUACCAUCAGAGAUACCAGUAUCAACAUUACCCGUUCCAAUACUCGGUAUAAAGGCUUUGGAGGACAACGGAGAUAAGGCUGACCAAAACAUGGUGGAGAAGAUUGAUGAAACUCUAUCUAAUGAUUCGGUUCUAGAAAGCACGUCUUUUAUUGAAGAACUGAAGAAGGAUAAGGAGGAAUCGGAUAAUAUUAUAGUUGAUGAGGAAACUGUUGAUCAGCCGAGGAAUGGGGAUAUGAGUAUUGGUGACACGCCAUUAACGUUAAGCCCGAGCCGUGCGGCGGAGACAGAGCCUCUUGACGUAGACCCCGUCUCAGCGACAGAGGACGCCACUGACGAUGUCGUUAUGAACGACGGCAUGAGCGAGAACGGUUCUAUGCAAGUUGAGCCGAGUAAUAGUCCGCUCAGCACGGACAUGAUGGUGGAACCGGUUGAAACCACGGAAGCAACCGACGAGCCAGUGGAGAUCGAACCAGUCCUAGAACCAGAAUCGGCGGACCCGAACGCGUUAACCGCCGAGGACCUAGUGUUGCUGUGCGACGCGUUCUACCUGCCCUUCGAGCACGGCUCGCGUGGGCUCCGGCUGCUCACCGACUUCCACUGGCUGGUCACCAGGGCCGCCAACCUGCUGCCCAGGCCACACAAACCUCAGGAGACUAGCGAAUGGCGCCGUCGUCGCAGCCGCUUCGCGUGGUGGACGUGUCGCGCGCGGCGUUUGACGCGCCGGAUUAUAAACGCUCCCAACAAGGAGCUGACCGCCGAGCUGCUGCCCUACGUGUGGGAGCUGUGCGCGGUCCUAGCUCUGCUGGACGCCGUGCUGAGGUGGCUGGAAUUGGGCAAGUUUCCAUCUAACGUAGCGUCGAAUCUGCAAGGCACUUAUACGUGGUUCUCCAAGGGCUGGCGGGAGGCGUUCGAGAGCGGCGCGCAGGAGCCGUGGGUGUUCCGCGGCGGGCUGGCGGCCGACCUGCGGCGGCUGGUGCCCGUGGACGGCGCGGCCGAGGCGCUCCGCCCCCUCGGCGCGUGCGCGCUGCCGCUCACGCCGCGCCCGUACGCGCCGCCCGACGAGGCCGCGGUUUGCGAAGUGUGCCACAAAACGUGUCGCGACGGCUCAGACUGUAGCGAUUUGUUCCCUAGCGAUUUGCAGUCGUUGCCGGCUGAUAGACUAGUAGUCCCGUUCCUGACUCUAACGCCAGAACUAUGUAUGGUGAUAGAAGAAGAUGAUGACUGUGUGCAUCGGGACGGCGAAGAUGACGGCGAGUCGCCCCACGAGAGCGAACCCAGAGUUAAUGGUAUAAAACCUCAAAUAGUGGGAUACGCGUGUGCGGCUUUGAACAGCAAAGAGUUUUACAAGAAACAGGAGCUAGCCUGGAUUCCAGAGAUGUGUAGGAAGUACCCGGAGGAGCUCAUCGAGAGGGAAGACCUUAGUCCUGCAGCAAAGGACUGCAUCCGCCACUUCCACCAGUUCAGCUCGCUAGAGCGCGCCCCAGACAGCGUGACCCGCAGCCACCCGGCGCUGCUGACGUGCUGCGUGCUCAGCGCCGCGCUGCGCGACCACACGGCCAGCGCCCGGCUGCUGCAGAGCGUGCUGGCCGCGCUCAAGGCCCACGGUCAGUGUGUCAGUGUGUCUCUAGCGGCCCCGCAGUCACCGGCGCUGCUGACGUGCUGCGUGCUCAGCGCCGCGCUGCGCGACCACACGGCCAGCGCCCGGCUGCUGCAGAGCGUGCUGGCCGCGCUCAAGGCCCACGGUCAGUGUGUCAGUGUGUCUCUAGCGGCCCCGCAGUCACCGGCGCUGCUGACGUGCUGCGUGCUCAGCGCCGCGCUGCGCGACCACACGGCCAGCGCCCGGCUGCUGCAGAGCGUGCUGGCCGCGCUCAAGGCCCACGGUCAGUGUGUCAGUGUGUCUCUAGCGGCCCCGCAGUCACCGGCGCUGCUGACGUGCUGCGUGCUCAGCGCCGCGCUGCGCGACCACACGGCCAGCGCCCGGCUGCUGCAGAGCGUGCUGGCCGCGCUCAAGGCCCACGGUCAGUGUGUCAGUGUGUCUCUAGCGGCCCCGCAGUCACCGGCGCUGCUGACGUGCUGCGUGCUCAGCGCCGCGCUGCGCGACCACACGGCCAGCGCCCGGCUGCUGCAGAGCGUGCUGGCCGCGCUCAAGGCCCACGGUCAGUGUGUCAGUGUGUCUCUAGCGGCCCCGCAGUCACCGGCGCUGCUGACGUGCUGCGUGCUCAGCGCCGCGCUGCGCGACCACACGGCCAGCGCCCGGCUGCUGCAGAGCGUGCUGGCCGCGCUCAAGGCCCACGGUCAGUGUGUCAGUGUGUCUCUAGCGGCCCCGCAGUCACCGGCGCUGCUGACGUGCUGCGUGCUCAGCGCCGCGCUGCGCGACCACACGGCCAGCGCCCGGCUGCUGCAGAGCGUGCUGGCCGCGCUCAAGGCCCACGGUCAGUGUGUCAGUGUGUCUCUAGCGGCCCCGCAGUCACCGGCGCUGCUGACGUGCUGCGUGCUCAGCGCCGCGCUGCGCGACCACACGGCCAGCGCCCGGCUGCUGCAGAGCGUGCUGGCCGCGCUCAAGGCCCACGGUGCAAGCGGCGUUCACGCGUGUAUAAACGAAACCGACAUGUACCUACACCAGUUCUAUAGCAAACUGGGUUUCGUUGAACUUCACCGCGACUCGGGAAAGGUUUACCUGGCCAGAGCCUUCUAGCCCAGAAGGGUAAGAAGGGCCUACACUAGAAGGGCUAGGUAGUUAGGCCACUGUUUUAAAAGCCCUUAAUCGGCUGAUUAAAAAGUUAACAUAAAAUAUCUAGGAAAGGUUUUCAUAGAGUUCGGAAUAAUAUAAGAUUAAAGAAGUGGUAGGUAUAUAGUUUUGUCAGUCAGUUUGAAAAAAUUAAAGACCUACCUAAGUAAGAUAAAAUCCCUUUAGCAACUGCUUACAUAUAACACCAUAUAAUUUUAAAUAAGUGAUAUUGCCGCGUGGAUUCCAGCAUUUUAGAAUAAAAUCACCAUGUUUUUCCCAUGGAUGUAAUAAAAGGCAACUAAGGGAUAGGCUCAUAAACUUGGAAUUCUUUAUCAGUUGCGACACCAUUUUCAGGCAUCUUAAUUCAGAGAUUAAUUUUUUACGGCUUUACAAUUGGUAAAACAAUGUGCGCAAAACGACGACAUAUCAUUCUUUUAGUUUAACAUGAAAUUUGUCAUUUCUAUUGUUUUAUAUUAUUCCGAUUUCUAUGGGCUUAUACUUAGAAAAAGACCAGAAACAUUUGAGUACUUGCAAUCGUAAGACAUCACUUUUCACAAUCUUAAGAAAGAGAAAGUUUUUUAUUUGUUGUGAUCAUUUAAUCAGUAGAAUUUUGCACAUUAAUAUAAAUAAAAUAGUUACAACAUGUUUACCACCAACAUAUAUACAUAUAACACGUCUUUAUCGCUCACGGGGUAGGCGGUGUUUUCAACUUACAUAUAAAAACGUUCUGGCAAAAAGUCAGGUCAAGAUUAACCGAAGAUUUUGCAUGAAAAUUAUUAUGAAUGUGGAUGAAGCGAAAGAAGUGUGCAGGGAUAGUGGAAAGAUAGAUCGUAGUUUAUCCUUCGGGAAAGAGAUGUGAUUUUAUGUAUCUAAAAAAAUCGUUAUUUUAAUGACGAUUACGUUUUUGUGAUGAACUCAUCACAAAAACAAAAUUGAAUCAGCAAAUAGGACUUUUGAUGUAACUUUUUGUGUAACAAGAAAAAAUAUAUUCCGUAGAUUUCUACGCAUUUAGACUAAAAUUUGAUAUAACUUAGGUAUCUAAUUGUAUAAGAUAGGCAUAUUUUCUAUGCUUGUACAGUUUGUGAAUGAAUUUUUUGUAAAAUCUGUCAUAUUGUUUUUAUGUACAACCAUUUUAUUGUUUAUUACGCUUAUUAGUUCUGUAAAAAUGUAAUUCUAAUCACAAAAUCAUAGACAACACAGACAAUCCCUCCAAAAGUUGAAAAUAUUGAGAGAGAAAUGAAUUAGGACGCUUAAAUUCCGUUUCAAACAGGGAGUCGUGUGUGUAAAACAUAUAUGGCACCAACACUCUCUUCCAUCUUUACGUGAUCCCAGUUGCACCCUCAGCCAUUGUGCUUCGGGGCCUGAUGUCUGCAAUGGCAUCCAUACUAUUAGCGAAUAUUAUAAACUACUAAGAAUGAGGAAAACUGUAGUAUAAUCCGUUUCAAAAAAGAUUAACGAAUCUAAAAUGGCGUCAUGUUUUUUUUUCCAAAACUGUCAUUUCUACAAAACUUGCAGUGACAGAUCGUAACGUAAAAAAGUGUAAAUUUAAAAUAUUUCUUUAAUAUAAUAUUUAAAAAAAUUAUUUCUGUACAUUAAAUAUAUUUACAUAAAAACAAUAUUAAGUCAAUGAAGAAACAAAAUAAUUUGAAAAAAUAACUAUAAUCACCACGCGAAACAAACAUUUUACGAAACAAACAAAUAGCUGUUUUUCAUGCAGUACCACCGUAUGUGUAAGUAAAGGCGGCAAUACUGUGCAAGUGAGAGGGCAUGAUUUUUGCAGCUAUUUUAGAUUCGUUUAUUUAUUGAAAUUGAAACGGGCCAUUAUUCGUUCGGUACUCAAUACAAACUGUCAAAAGAUAUUUCAUUGAGACAUUUGUUUGUUGCAGAGUUGACCAUCUAGUAAACUAUAACACAAACAGUGUGUUUUUGUAAACUGUAUUGUUUAUUCAAGGAAUUGUGUGAAAAUGUUGUGUAUGCAAAAAUAAAAUUUAAUUGUUGUUCGUGUUGUAAUUGAACUAGUGAAAAUAAGAAUGUGACUAGGAUUAGACGUUUUUUCAUGUAUUUUCUUUAAAAAAAAGUGAUAUUGAUUUUCAAAUGGCGUUUUUGCCUUGACACUUUUUGAUCUUAACAUAGUACAGUAUUAACUCCUUUUUCUAUUUUAAUGAUAUAUGAAGCUAUUUACUGUCAAAAAUUUUAAAAAAUUUCUACAAAAUUUGGCAAAGAAUAUUUUUUUUAUAAACGUGUGAGAUAAUGAAUUAGUAUAAGCAAGCGUGUCAACUGUUGGCUUAUCCUAUGUAUCGCACAGUAUAAAGUGUUAUUUUUUUUUUACAGUAGUCAAUUUUUCUGAGCAUGUUUAGUUCAUAAUACUGAUAAAAUUUUAUGAUAUCUCUAAAGAUCUCUUAAUUUUUUGUCAUUCAAUAAAAGUUAAGAGAAAUUCGGAAUUUUUUAGUUUCUAUACUAUUAAAAAUAUCUGAAGUACUCUUAUUUGCACAUCAUGUUACAAACUUGUUUUGAAAAUUUGUGCUCACUAAACCACUCUGUAUAUUUCAAAGGUUUCGUUAAAAAUCUUAUAAACAUAAUAGUGAAUGUAUAUAAUAUUUAAGAAAAAAAAGCCACUAAAUAGUGUUUGAAAAAAAAAUGUAAGUAAAAGUAAGUAUAAUAUUUAUAUCAAAACACAAUUACUGAUUUGCGGGGCGAAUAUCGUGGGUUGGAAGACGCCUAGUCAAACAUUUGUUUAGAGGAGGCAAGACUGAAGAACGUGAAUGACGGUAUCUUGUGAUAACUAAUAUAAUAUAACAAGAGAUAGCGGUACUUUUGGCUAGUACAUUAGUUUGAUUACCAACCAAUGUUAUUACGGCAAGGGGAAAAUAUCGUGAGGAAACCAGCACAUUCAUACAACUGUAUGUGUAACCAAGAUUCAAUAUGGGUUAGUUUUCCCUGUAAAGGUUGCGGAGGUCAGACGGGAGUCAUCCAUUUUAUUUUGAUUACGGAUUCGGUUUCCUCCUCCGCUAUUACCGAAAGUACGUUAAUCUCUUAGUCUAUAAAAGGUGAAGGGACCGCUUAUUGAAAUUUGAAAAUAAUCUUAACUGAAGUGUAGUUAAGGAUUUUUUUUUUGUUUAAAAUGUAUACUACGCUAUAAUUUUUUUAAUAUUUAAUAGGUUUACACGUGAUGGUGGCAAAUAUCUUUAUACACAUUGGAAUAUUGCACUGUGAAAAACUAACUUUUAAAAGAAAUUUUGUCGGAAAGGUAACUUAACGUUUUUUCAUUUUUUUUUCAUAUGAAAAUUUUAUAUUAAAAGCAGCGUAGUUUAGCAUAAUUUAAGUCAUGAAGAUUUGCAUUAAUUAUGAAGGUUCACAUGCAUUUUGAUGGGACCCCUUAUAAGCAAGCUUCUAAAAAAAACUGAUUUAUCAACUUGCAGACAUUUUGUCACGUCUGCAUUUCUGACUGGGUAGACAGUGCCUCGAGUUAAAUACUGAGAUCACGUUUAGUUAUUACCAUACUAGUUUUUAUGCAUACUUAUACUUACAAACUCCAAUUUAGUAUGAACUUUAUUGUAACGGUGUAUCAUUUAUAGAAAUAAUAUAAUGAUAAGACUACCAUAAAUGUAUAUCAAGCGAAUCAAAUUAAAUUCGUUGGUGAUUGAAUAAAAACCAUUAAUUUACGUUUACUUCCCUUUUUUUUAAAGUCAUAUCUGGUUCCUUUAGUAAUUAUAAGAUUUUGUAUUUUUUAUUAAAAAAUACUCGUAAUACCGUUAAGGGAAUUAUUAUUUUGCACAAUUAUUGCAUUUCAUAAUUAAUGCUUUGUUUAUGUUUAAGAUAGCGUCGUGCUAUGUUUUAAUAAAAUUAUUGUAUUUACAGUAUUUAUUAUGUUGCUAAGAAGUUAUGUUAUAAUUUCAUUUUUAAUAUCAGCUUGUCAACUUUGGACCUCUUUUAUUAGAAACCUUAUUAAAAAUAAUGGCGUUUUAAUAACAUUGAUUCCCCCGCGUAAAAGAGAAGUAUGAAAAAUGGAAGCAUAUGACUUGAGAGAUAAAUUUUAUCAAAGUAUAAAUGAAGGGGUGCUAUAAUAUUUGGCGUCGGAUUUACACUUAGUAAAUUUCACUUUGAACCUAAAUGGAGCAUUUUUGCCUGUUUAAAAGAAAGCAGUCUGGUUUUUGUCCGCAAUAUUAAUAAUAUCUGUUUUAAAUCAAUGUUCUGUUUUAAAUCAAUGUCUGAACUUAAUUACUGAUCGAUAUCAUUCCUAAUUAAAUACUUAUCUAUGCUAUUUUUGCUAUCGUAAACCAACAAACAUACAUUUGAAAUGUAAAAAAAUAGGGCUUUCAUUUUUACGAGAGAUUUUUCAUUAUAAAUUAUGCCACUUAAAAAUAUGACUAUGUAAUAAUCAUUAUCGAUAAAUGAUAUAUUCUGUAAUCGUUGUAAAUUUAUUUUUGUCUGUAUUUGUAAUUUUAACAUGGCGCCGAUCAUCCAGGAAUCAAUAAAACUAA